GAUGUGGAACGUACAAGAAUAUCUGAAGUGAUCACGGCUUAUGAAGCAGAUUAUGAAUCGAGUAACGUUGAAAACAUUUCGCUGCAAAAUGGUAGCAUGAUCUAUGGAAAAUUUACGGAUAAAAAAUUUGGAACAAAUGGUUUGUUGAAGCGCCCAAAAUCAGCAUCAGAAUUCACUGCUACCGGUAAAUUCCCCACUGCCAGG